AUGGGUAUUUACACAUCAUAUAAACGUCGAUUUCAAUUAAAAAAUGCAAAUAAAAUACGUCUUGAAAAACAGCAAAAGAAUUCUGAAACGACUUCCACAGAUAACGAAAACCAACAACGAGCUGACUUAAUUUCAACAAUACAACGAUUACUUGAAAAUGAAGUAUCAUUAGCAACCAGUCUUAUAUCAAAUAUGCGAUAUCCAAAAGGUCCAAAUAAAGGAAAUAUAAUUUCACCAUACUUGCAAAAAAAAGCACAUAAUUAUAUUUCUCAAAAUCUUUACAAACAUCAAUCCACUCUACAAGAUUCAAAUUCAAAGUUAAAACAAGAAAAUAAAAGACUUCAUCGAAAAAAUCAAGCACUUGUUAAACGAACCCAAUCACUUGGAGCAAAAGUUCAACACACUCUGAAUCAAAAAUCAAAGCACAUUGCUGAAAUCUGUUCUUUAGUUUGA